AGAAGUUAGAGGGGGACAAGUUAAUGUUUUUAUCAGCUGAAGCAGACACGGUCGUGUGUUUCAUCAAACUUGUGAAGACUUUAAGGCUUUAAUCUUCACUACCUUUGCUCUAUGUUACGAUACACCAUGGAUGAAGUGCGAGGAACCGAUAAAGAUUGACGUGUCAGAGACUGAAAAAGAGAAUCAGAGAGAUAGUGCUCACCACAGACGUUCACAAGACAUCAUCAUGUCGGCCUCAACGAAGCAGGAGAGAACCAUUUGUGUUCUCCUCCCCAACAAACACCAGCUGGACAUCACAGUCGGGCCGAAGUCCACAGGGCAGGAUGUGUUCACCCGUGUGGCUGAGCUUAUUGGAAUCAAAGAGCUGCACUUCUUUGGCCUCACAGUGGUGAAGGACAAUGAGCACAUAUUCCUAGACAUGGAGGAGAAACUGAGCAACUACUUUCCUAAGCAGGGCAGGCAGGACACGGGAAAGGGAUCACAGAGGAGACUCUUGCCGCUGGUGCUCUGCCUUAAAGUUCAGUACUACAUAGAAAACGGUCGACUGCUAUGUGAACGAAAGGCACGGCAUCUCUACUACUCUGACCUGCGGGAGCGGGUGCUGCGCUCUGAAUGUCGUCAGCAGGAGGAGGUGUACUUCCAGCUGGCAGGUUACGCCCUGCAGGCUGACCUCGGUGACCACCCGCUGCCCAAGAGGGAUAUGGAGACGACCCCAUACUUUGAACCCAAGGAGUACUUUCCCCCCUGGAUCAUAGCAAAGCGUGGAGUAGACUAUCUGCUCUGCCACGGGCCCAAGGUGCAUCAGGAGCUAUGGGGCAUGUCAACUCGUGAUGCCACCCUGCUCUUCAUCAGGGAGUCCUGCAGACUAGAGGAUGUGCCCGUCACAUUUUACAGACUGCAGAAGGACAAAAAGGAAGAGAGAGGAACAGCUCUGCUCGGCCUGACCCUGAGAGGAAUGCAGGUUUAUCAGGAGGUGAACAACAUACGGCAGCUGCUGUACGACUUCCCCUGGUCAAACGUGGGACGUCUCACCUUCCUGGGUAAGAAAUUUGAGAUCCAGCCAGAUGGUUUGCCUUCAGCCAGGAAGCUGGUUUAUUUUACCGGCUCGUCGUUCCGCUCUCGCCACCUCCUCCUGCACCUGAGCAGCAGUCACCGCAUCUACCUCAGCCUCCAGCCGUCCCUCAAACACCUCCGCCAGCUGGAGGAGAGCGAAGAGAAGAAACGUUACAGAGAGUCGUAUAUCAGCGAUGACCUCGACUUGGACCCCCCGGGCAGCGAGAGCAGCCCCGGCCUGUCCCGACGUUCCACCAGCAGCUCUGGAAUCGAAGCCGACGCUCGACAACACAGCCUCUCCACCGAGAUUACCUCCAUGGAGGAGGAAGGUCACCGGCGGGUCGAGAAGUGUUUCAGCUCCGCUACCAGCCGUGGCAGCUCCUGUAUCUCCGGGUUCGACGCAGGAAGUAAAGGCCGAAUGGAAGACGAGGGCUGGCAGGAGGAAGAGAUUGAGAUCAAUGUAGAAAGCCCAAAGGAGGUUCUCGUUGAUGACCCUGAUGAGAUGUUCCAGCUGGCUGAUCUUCUCGAUGGAGUGUCGGUGGAUUGUUCAGUACUUUCCUCAGAGACUUGCUCACCAGAAAACAACACGUGUCCCCCAGAGAGCGGUGAAGAUCUCGUAAAUUUACGGAACAAGGAGUUACAACAGAUACCGAGGACUCAAGUUUGCGUGGAUCGGCACAGCCACAGUUUGGAUGACGUGCGUCUUUUCCCGACCCCGGCGUCCCUUGGGAUGACACUGCCUCCCGAUUCCUCCCACAGCUACACCUUUGGCCUUCCAGAUGCCUCUGCACACACAAAGACCCCCGUCGAUCACUGUCAGUACCCCCUCUCACACUGCCAAGGCAAACCCACCUUCUACGGCCGCAGGUCGACCAACUGCCUCUCUCUGCACACGUUAGGGGAUGAGCAGUUCCAGGAAUUCAUACUUUGAGCACGUCCACAAACACACCUGCUCUCUUCCUUUAUCCACAUUGCAACCUAACGCGAAGGAAGCCAACGUAUGAAUGUCUCGGUGUUUUUUGACAGCGAGGGAUGUGUGCGCUCCAAACUGCAGAGAGACGAUAUUUUAUAAGGGACCUCUCACUCCUCUCAGAAAACUCCUGUCCUUCAUCAGCAUUUAAACCACAGAACUACAAAAGAGCAUAUUUAUUGAUGUUGUACAUUGUGUAAAUACUUAUUGCAAUAUUAUUUUUUUUUAAACAUUUUAACCACGCCCACAUUUCUAAUCAACGCAUUUUGUAAAGUUCACACGGUCCUUUUUUUUAAAGAGUCUGUGUAAGAUGUACUGAGGGCAGAACAUUUUGAUAAUAAGGCAUUUUUUAAUAUGAUGCGGUUUCUGAGGCCACGCGGUCGUGGGACUUAAUUUCCUCGCCCUCAGUCUGUUUUACUAAUGUAAACAAUGCAAUUUCCUUGUUGUAUGCAGAGGGAAUCUCUAUAAGCCGCAGUGCUAAUGUUUGUACUCCUGUAUUGCCUUGUCCUCUUGAUUUUUACAAUCAUUUUUUGGAAUGGGUUUUUAUUUUUGUAUAGUCUGCUCUGUCAUGCUUUUCCUAUUAGUCUGCCACUGAAAUGGAGCUGCCGAUGUGGAAAAUUGAAACCCCUUUACAGCUGGUCAUGCAUUCACCCCAAAGCUUUCCUGUUCUAUACUUGCCGCCUGCUGUCGUAAUUAAAACAGAGAAGUAUUAUUUGUAAAGCACUAUUUCUGUAACCAGCAAGUGUAUAAUGAAGCUGCAGAACUUUCAUGUUAUGUAACCCCCCCCCCCUAAAACAAAGAGCCUUUCUGUCUUUCUUCUAUCCGUCAUAUUUUCUCUGUUUUGUAAAUGAUAAUUGAGAUUCAAAAGAACUCCUGGUUUUUGUACGAUUUUAACUCAAAUGGGAAAAACUUUUAUUCAAAGGCAAUUUUAUAUUGACAUCCAAUUUUAUUUCACAAUACCGAACAAAACAUUUUUAUCUGCAGCAGUGUUUUUUUAUGUGAAAAUAAAUUCUUGCAAUUGAUUAGAAA